GGCGGAACUUUGUUGUGGCUGCGAGGAACAGGAAGCCCUGAAGGGUCAAAAGGAAUACAAAAGCAAAGGCUAUUUUCUGUCUUUUUUUUCCCCCCUUCCCCCCCUUUCUUCUACUUUUUUUUUUUUUAAGAGCGAGCGGCUCUGCGGUGGCGGUUUAGGGUGGGCGCCGCCGAGGUGAGGGAGUCUCGCCUCCCCGUGCGCCGGUAGAAAACAAGCAGCGGGCCCCGUUUUGCAGAAAACUCGAGUAUCUGAGACCAAUAGUUGAAGCGUCUUGUUGGAGACUUGGUGGCCCUUGUGAAGAUUUAGUGUACCAUUAUGGAUGGAGGGGAUGAUGGUAACCUUGUUAUCAAAAAGAGGUUUGUGUCUGAGGCAGAACUAGAUGAGCGGCGCAAAAGGAGGCAAGAAGAAUGGGAGAAAGUUCGAAAACCUGAAGAUCCAAAAGAAUGUCCAGAGGAGGUUUAUGACCCUAGGUCUCUAUAUGAAAGGCUACAGGAACAGAAAGACAGGAAGCAGCAGGAGUAUGAGGAGCAGUUCAAAUUCAAAAACAUGGUUAGAGGAUUAGAUGAAGAUGAGACCAACUUCCUUGAUGAGGUUUCUCGGCAGCAGGAACUAAUAGAAAAGCAGCGAAGAGAAGAAGAACUGAAAGAACUGGCGGAAUACAGAAAUAAUCUCAAGAAGGUUGGAAUGUCUUCAGAAAACAAGAAGGAAGUAGAGAAGAAACCACCUGUGAAACCCAUAGAAAGCAAGACCAAGUUCUCCCAGGCGAAGCUGUUGGCUGGAGCUGUGAAGCAUAAGAGCUCUGAGAGUGGCAACAGUGUGAAAAGACUGAAACCAGACCCUGACCCAGAUGACAAGAAUCAAGAGGCUUCAUCCUGCAAGUCUCCUGGAAACACUCCCCUGAGUGGCCCCUCCCUCCACUGCCCCUCCGCUGCAGUCUGUAUUGGCAUCCUCCCAGGCUUGGGCGCCUACUCUGGGAGCAGCGACUCAGAGUCCAGCUCAGACAGCGAAGGCACCAUCAACGCCACUGGGAAGAUCGUGUCCUCCAUUUUCCGCACUAACACCUUCCUGGAGGCCCCCUAGCUCCUGUCCUUCCACAGGAACUCCUCCCCAAGAGUAGAUUGGACUGUUUGUCCUGCCACAGGUGUUACCUCCUUCAAGAAACUCCUAUGCCUGCUUUCUGUGCACACCAUGGCAUUUUUAACAUGAUCUAAAAAUGUGCCAGAAUCCACUUGUGGCCCGAAUUGUGUUUGGUUUCUCUUUCCCCUCCAAUGCAGAUGGCCAGAUCUGUCCUGCUGCCUCUUUCCUCGUUGAUGUGGUGGGGAGGGUCCAAGGCCCAGCAAAGAUUCCACUAAAAAUGCCCUGAGAUGAGGUACCAGCUGGCUUGCAGAGGGUUUGGGUUUUAUUGCUUGCUGGUUUUUUUCUUUUUUAUGUUUUUCUCAGCAGCACAAAGAAGCAAGGGCAGUUAUUGGACAGAGGUAUUAUUUAAGCAUUCUGUUGUAGAUGAGUAUGUUGUUUGAUUUUACUGCCUUGUGGGGCAUAGGGGGAGGAGAAUGACCCAGGUGAUGAAAUGGAGCCCUUCCCUGGAACUAACCAGUCCUUGAUGUUGUGUGACUAAGUGAAGAUCAUAAACUAUAUCCUUAGGAGGUGUCACGUAACACUCAGCAUUCAUUGUGAAGUUUUUCCUUACCCUUGGCAAUUCCUUGUCCCAUCCGCAUCCAAUCCCGUUUAUGUAGGAAGAGACUGGUAGCAAGAUAGCUUCCAUCUUCUCUUCAAAGUUUUUCUCUAACUGGCAUAUUAUUUUGUUUUUGUUUUUGAAAUAAAGAUUUUGUUUAGGAUUAUAA